GAUCCGGCAUUUCAGAUCGAGGUUGGCAAUACGUCGCGGUGAUUAUUUACCGGAGUUCGCAGAAUAGAGGGACUCACUAAGCCACUAAUCUCCACGUAGUAAACAUCUCUUGAGCUUGAGUCGCAGUUGUCUUACUAUCAAGGCGAACGGUGAUCCUCGGGCGCAAAUUUGUUGGCUUGGCUACGGACGACGACGUUGGCCUAUUGGAGUGUCGAGCGCCGCGGUUGGACAACGAGAUAUGAGCCGAAAUGUCGUUCAAGUGCUGGUGCAGGAGAAGGGCUCUCUGGAGAAGGUGCGGAUGUACUCGGUCAAGUGGACGAUCGAUCGGUUUCUCGCCGACUGUAAAAACACGGGAGAGUAUUACGUGUCGCCGGUGUUCCCCAUCACGUUCGCCAACCAAGUGACCAAGUGGCAUCUAACGGUGCACCCGCUGGGCGUGAACGAGCAGUUCGAUGACAGCGUGUCGCUAUUCCUACACUGUACGUGCGACGCGAGCACCGAGGUGAAGGUGAAGGCCCGAUUGUCGAUAAUCAGCGGCGACGAGAUGUCGCACGGAGUCAUCGAGUCCCAGCUUACGUUCCAAGGUCCCAAGUACAACUGGGGCGCCUACGAGUUGUUGACUCUGGCCGAGCUGAAGAACCCGGAGAACAAUUGCCUGAUCAACGACAGGGCGGUGCUGUUGUGCGAGAUCAGGCUGAAUCCGGAGGUCGAGCGCUACUACGGCUACGACGAGUACAUCAACAAGAUCGGCCCCGGCUGCGAUCAUUACGAGCGGCUCUUCGAGAGUAAGCGCUUCACCGACGCGAUUUUCCACGUGCAGGACAACACCAUCCCGGUACACAAGGCCAUUCUGUCGUACCGAAGUCCGAUCCUCGCGAAGAUGUUCAAAAACGAGGACGAGAUCAACGACGGCCACGAAGUUAUUUUCGUCUCGGACAUCGCUUACGAGGUCAUGAUAGAGUUUUUCCGGUUCAUCUACGCCAACAAGGUGAAGAACAUCGAGCAAUUAGCCACCCAGCUUCUAGCCGCUGCCGACAAGUAUGACGUAGUCGAACUGAAGGCCCUGUGCGAGAAAUUCCUUUACGAGAGAAUCUCGAUCGACAACGCAAUCGACUAUCUGAUACUAACUGAUAAAUACAAUACGAUCAACCUCAAACCGUUAACGAUCGAGUUCAUCGGUGCUCAUCACGCAGAGAUCGCGAGAAAGCCUGCAUUCGUGGACCUGAACAACUCCUUGAUGCACGAAAUAAUAAUGGCUAUUCCAAAAAGAAAUUAACGAUCAACUUUGUAUAAUAACGUAUUGUAUUGACUUGUGCUUCUAUUCCAAUGCAUCUGUCAUUUUUGCAAUUUCAAUUUCAAAACGUCAUUUACAUUUACCUGCAAAUAAUAGCUCUAUGUGAAUAUGUCUUUGGCGCAAUAAACAACUUUGAUAAACAAUCACGCGUCCGACUCUUGCGUCGAGGUUUCCCUUUGGAGUCUUUGACGUCAUCGCGGCAAAACUUAGUCGAUGAUACCCAGACGGUAACCUGUGAAAUCCUAUUUCAUCUCACAACGACCGUAAAAAUAAAAUUGACGAUGGGCUUGCUGCGCACGAGGAGCUGCUGGAGAGCGGCAGAUUCAUAACGUUCAACGCGGAAGUCCGAUGUUCAAAGCUGUGUUUUAGCGCGUCGACGUUACCGACGUCCACCGAGAGCUCACGAAAGAUCAAGAAAAUGAACGUCAUCGACGAAUCAGUCGUCGAUAUUCUGAUCGCGGCCAAUAAAUAUCGAGUCGUGCCAUCGAAGACGCUGUGCGAAAAGUUGAGCUACGAGGGGAUCGCAGCUAUGAGAACGCUGUCGGAUAUUUACGCGUGGCAGAAGCGCUCAAUACGAUAAGUCUGAGAAGUCUGGUUAUUGAAUUCAUUGUUGAUCACUAUCUGGACUUCGAAAAGUACGUGAUAUACGAACUACUUAGAACUUGUAAACAAACAGUCGCAAAUAAUUAGCCGAACCUACAUUAGUAUUCCUCUUUCCAUUUCAAAAGAUAUAUCGCAAGCUCCGCGUAAUACAGAUAAAUUUCGUGGCAGUUCUUCGUAUGAAAUAUAUGUAAAAUAAUUAUGGAACUGAUUCGAUGGAUUUGAACGAAGAUUUUUCAUUACUGUACAGUUAUGCAUAUCGUCCGAACGUCGUAUUUCCACUUGAACUGUUAGAAAUCUUUGGGCAGCCGUACUGCAGCAGCAUUCGAACAUUCGAGGGCUUUCAUCGUUCGGCGCCCAGCGAUCGUCCCGGCAACGCGAAGCCAGCCGCAGCCUCGCGCGCGCGAGAUGCAGUGGUCGAUCGAGCCGCAUCGAAGCUGCGAGACCGAAUACGUACAAAAUGAUAACGUUCUAUUGCAAAACCAAAUUUAGGUCCAUCGUAAGUGUGCAUUGUCUCUGCGUAUACGAGCCUUUGCUGUGCUCAGCUCUAUGAACGUUGCUCGUCCCUUCACUUUUCAUUCAUUCCGGUGUGUAAUAUCGGACGGUAUAUGGACAUUGUAAGACCAACGAAUAUAUAGACGUUGUGACGCUUUGUUCUGCGUCUUACCGACGGAUAUAACUAUUUAUUCGUUGGAAAGACUCAGAAAGCGGUAAAUCGUACGAUAAUACAGCUAACCAAUAAUCUAUAUAGUCAAUAACGCUUGGCACUGAAUGGAAAAGCACUCAAAUCGCAAGCAAUACGCGAAAAAAUUAUUGCAAAUCUUUCAACAAAGUUGCUAACAUAUCGUUGCAAUAAAGCUCUGGAUUCGUUUGUAUUUACAUUGUAAUGCAUUUGAAAAGUCAAAUAAAAGUCAAUAAAAACUUCCUAU